GCGCCUCCCCCCGCCCGCCCCCCGCCCGCCGCCCGGGAGCCGCAGCCGCCGCCGCCGCUGCCACCACUCCCGCUCUCUCCGCGCCGCCGCCGCCGCCGCCGCCGCCGCCACCGCCAUCGCCACAGGCUGAGUCUGCAGCCCCGAGCCAUCAUGUCGAUAGAGAAGAUCUGGGCGCGGGAGAUCCUGGACUCCCGUGGGAAUCCCACGGUGGAGGUGGAUCUCUACACCGCCAAAGGUCUCUUCCGGGCUGCAGUGCCCAGUGGAGCCUCCACUGGUAUCUAUGAGGCCCUGGAGCUGCGGGAUGGGGACAAACAGCGUUACUUGGGCAAAGGUGUCCUGAAGGCAGUGGACCACAUCAACACCACCAUUGCUCCAGCCCUCAUCAGCUCAGGUCUGUCGGUGGUGGAGCAGGAGAAGCUUGACAACCUGAUGUUGGAGCUGGAUGGGACCGAGAACAAAUCCAAGUUUGGGGCCAAUGCCAUCCUGGGUGUGUCCCUGGCUGUGUGUAAGGCAGGGGCGGCCGAGCGGGAAUUGCCCCUAUACCGCCACAUUGCUCAGCUGGCCGGGAACUCAGACCUCAUCCUGCCUGUGCCGGCCUUCAACGUGAUCAAUGGUGGCUCUCAUGCUGGGAAUAAGCUGGCCAUGCAGGAGUUUAUGAUCCUUCCGGUGGGCGCUGAGAGUUUUCGCGAUGCCAUGCGACUUGGGGCGGAGGUCUACCACACACUCAAGGGGGUCAUCAAGGACAAAUAUGGCAAGGAUGCCACCAAUGUGGGAGAUGAAGGUGGCUUUGCCCCCAACAUCCUGGAGAACAGUGAAGCCUUGGAGUUGGUGAAGGAAGCCAUCGACAAGGCUGGCUACACAGAAAAGAUUGUCAUUGGCAUGGACGUCGCUGCCUCGGAGUUUCAUCGCGAUGGCAAAUAUGACUUGGACUUUAAGUCUCCUGCUGAUCCCUCCCGAUACAUCACUGGGGACCAGCUGGGGGCCCUCUACCAGGAUUUUGUCAGGGACUAUCCUGUGGUCUCCAUCGAGGACCCCUUUGACCAGGACGAUUGGGCCGCCUGGUCAAAGUUCACAGCCAAUGUAGGGAUCCAGAUCGUGGGCGAUGACCUGACAGUGACCAACCCAAAGCGUAUCGAGCGGGCAGUGGAGGAAAAGGCCUGCAACUGUCUGCUGCUCAAGGUCAACCAGAUCGGCUCAGUCACGGAGGCCAUCCAAGCGUGCAAGCUGGCUCAGGAGAAUGGCUGGGGUGUCAUGGUGAGUCAUCGCUCAGGAGAGACUGAGGACACGUUCAUCGCGGAUCUGGUGGUGGGGCUGUGCACAGGCCAGAUCAAGACUGGCGCCCCAUGCCGUUCUGAGCGUCUGGCUAAGUACAACCAGCUCAUGAGAAUUGAAGAAGAGCUGGGGGACGAAGCUCGCUUUGCUGGACAUAAUUUCCGCAAUCCCAGCGUGCUGUGAUCCCUCUACUUGCCUGGAGACCUGGAACCCCUCUCCCAUCCUCCUGGAUCCUCUCUCUUCCUGUCUUGCUCUGUGAUAUUUCACCCCGGACACCCCGGCUGACCUGUUGCUCUGUUCCUUGGCUUGUCCAGCCCCUGCUCUGUGCUCUCCCCACUCUGGGCUCUACACUCUCCACUUCUCUUUCCUUUCUAUUCUCUCUCCUCAAAAACUGGCCACGGGACUGAGGAUGAUAAGGGAGUCCCCAUGGAAGAACAGUCAGGGUCUGUGUACAGGUGCAUCAGGGCUGGCUGGGGACGUGUUGAGAGAGGGGCCGUGUGUCACUGUGCUUUCUGCCGCUUCCACACGUUUGUCCAUGUGGCAUCUGAGCCAGGGAGUGUGCAGUGCCGAGGGGGAGGGGAGCGCUGGCCGCGUGAUCAUGCCUGGCCGAAGACUUCAGUGAAUUAUUUAUUUGUUUAUUUAUUGUUCACUCGUCUUGUUCAUUAAUUCAGCGUUUCUCCACAACUCCAGGGCCAAACCCUGGCCUGACCAGAGGAGAUCGCGUGUGUGUGCGUGGGUACUUCAUGUGGCCGUAGAUUCCGAGAUGGCCUGGGGUGGGAGGUCUUGCUGAAAAUGGAGCGGGAAGGGUAACAGAAAAGGGACCUGUCAUCAGUUCCUUCGUGUCUCCCAGCCCUUAACCUAAGCCGGCUCAGUCCAGAGGUGGGGCUGUGUGCCCGGGGACUCUUCCCCCAUAGCUCUCCCCCAGCCCCGGCUUCCCUGUUCUUCCUCCAGCUGCACCCGAGCAAUGUCUCACUCCCCUGUGCCACGCUCCACAGUUGCCACCACCUCUGUGGCGUUGAAAUGAGCACCACCAUUAAAGUCUGAAUCACAGUG